AUGUCGAGACAAGAGCAAACAAGACACACAGCAGCAAACAUGCCAAGACAUGCCGAUAAGCCCUCGAUAACACCAACUCGUCAAGUUAGUUCGCUUGGACAUCGCAAACCUGCGGCAAGACUCGAGAUAUCAGAGCGAACGCAACUGAGAAUACAUGCUACAUACACAGAGAAUAAAGGAGCGACGCAAAAGAUGAUUAACGCAGUGCUUGUGUUUAAUAAUAGUGGCCAACCAAGGCUAACAAAGUUCUAUACUCAGCUGGACACACAAACCCAGCAGUCACUCAUAUCGCAGAUAUACACACUUGUCUCCCAGCGUCCUGCUUCAGCAUGCAACUUCCUCCCGCUGCCUCCCUUGCUCUCACAAGGCGCGAGCAACAACUCAGCUGGUAGCCACUCCGAUGCACCCACCCAGAUCACAUACCGAACCUAUGCUACACUGUCUUUUAUCUUGAUAUCUACAUCAACAGAGUCACCUCUUGCCUUGAUAGACUUGAUCCAAGUGUUUGUUGAGGCCCUGGACCGCCUCUUUGAGAAUGUAUGCGAACUUGAUCUUAUUUUCGGUUACGAAACGAUGCAUGCGGUUUUAGGAGAGAUGAUUGUCGGAGGCGUGGUGAUAGAAACGAACCUCGAGCGGAUCGUCCAAGGGGCUAGAGCGCUAGAAGGACCACGAGGGAAGAGAAAAGUUGUUGAUAGUGCCGGCUCCGCUAUUGGACGAUCGGGAAUUCCUGGCUUGGGGGUUCCUUGGAGAUAA